GUAUGUGAAAAUGCCCAAUUCCUUCAUAGAGGGUUCAUGUUUCUGUGGACUGAUGGAAGAAGAGCAUCUUCCUCUGGUAACUCUGGUUCCUCAACCCUCAGCACCACACCCAUCAGAGGGAUUCAUAAUGAUGAGCAGUAUAAUGAAGCAGCAAGAGCAGUUGGGCGAGAAGAAUGCCAUCAGCUUUACCCACAGCAUCCUCAACUCCCUCAACCUCAACUUCCUGAGGAAGCCAUCUCAAUCUUCCUCCAGGAAGCCACCCAUCAUCACCCACACACCUGCUGAGCCAUUCACCAUCACCUCUCAACUAUCCUUGCAGGGUUUCCAUGUUGCUUUCCUGUUCAACCAGGCUGCUUUUGUUAGCAGCUUGAUGGACCAUAUAUCCAUCACAGCCUGGUUGAUCUGGCACAUGACAGGGGUAGUAGUCCAGCUUCUUCUUGAAGACUUCGACUCUUGUUCUACCAGUUCCAGGCUACAAAGCCUAUCCCUAAUUCGACAGUACAUCCCAACAAUGGCCCUUCUGUGUCAUUACAGUAAUGUGAACUCUCUCCUUGUGGCGAAUGGUGUGACGUCGCGUUCCAGAGGACGCAAUGCCAUCUAUCCAUGUGUAGUGCCCCAUACCCUGCCUGCUCAAGCACCUCGGCUGAUGGUACCCGCUCCUGGUAGUGCCUGGAGGAAGGAAACACACUUCACAGAGCUACCUACCAAUGCCUACGGCACAAUAGCCUUUACUAAUGAGAUGGCAGGCAUGGACAAGCCAGCCAAGUAUGUAAGAAUGUCCUCCAACACUGACAUGAAGCAUGUCAUCACCUUGCUCACUGAUUACUGGCAGCUCCUCGACCCCCAUAGACCCCAACUGGUCAUCUCUGUUACAGGUGGCGCCAAGAACUUCCAGCUGGAUGGCAAGAAGAAAGCGAUCUUUUCCUCGGGACUCAUAAAGGCAGUGAAGUCAACGAAGGCAUGGCUUCUUACAGGAGGAAUGUACGUGGGUAUAAUGAGGAGUGUGGGGGAGGCUGUCAACCAGGGCCAGUUUAUUGUCAAGAUAAAACGAAAGACCAUCUUUGCUGAAGAGCGGGAGCAGAUGAUCCGGGGCAUCAGGUGUCUUGGUGUGGUACCCUGGGGAUACAUCGACAAGAGGGACAUCCUCAUCAACAAGGAUCUCAACAGUUUUGCUUCAGUCAAGUACAAAAUGAAGGACAAGGUCGAUCGCCAUAAACCAGUCUCGCUUGAUGGCAACCACACCCACUUCCUUUUUGUUGAUGAUGGCAACAGGAACACCUUCAGAGGAGUCGACGACUUCAGGACUCGGCUGGAAGAAGCUAUCAGAGAGCCGGAGCCAAAGGGCCUGGGACUGCCAGUGGUGCUGCUGCUGCUGGAUGGAGGACUUGACUCCAUUGUCAAAUGUGAUAUGGCCCUCAAGCGAAAUAUUCCCAUUGUGGUGGUGGCCGGUACAGGAAGAGCAGCUGACCUCCUGGCAUAUGCUGUAUCUAUGACCCGACAUACUCACAGGUUGAAGAAUCACAAAGAGCAACUUUCGCGUCGUAUCAACUCCACUAUGCCGGAGCUGGCUGGCUACCCCAAGAAACAGAAGAGGUGUGUACACUUGCUGCUCCAGUGUUGCAACAAAGUCAGCAUGAUCACCAUAUUCAACAUUAACUCCAAUGAGGAAAUGGACAAGUAUAUUCUCCAUGCACUACUCAAAGCACAACGUGACUGGCCAUUGGGCGGACUGGAGGAUCUAAUGACGACAGCUCUUCUGGAGGAGAAGGUGGAGUUUGUCAAGCUUUUCAUAGUAAAUAAUCUGGUGAUGGCUGACUACCUCACAGUGGGCAAGUUGCGGCACCUCUACAAUGAAGCAUGUUUACCCAACUCUCAUCUUGGUCAACUGCUGCAGCGGUCGUCCCUCCAGAGCCGUCACCACCACCUCAUCCACGUCCACUACCUCCUGCAGGCCAUGAUGAGACGACAUGAUGAUGAUGUGUAUGAGGCUGACACACCUGAUGCACUCACUGACAACACCUCUGUUAAUUAUUUAACUUUCCAGGACCCAUACAUGGAACUGCUGUUGUGGGCCAUCCUCAGCAGACGCAGCAGACUAGCUAAGUACCUGUGGCAGAGGUGUAAAUCACCACUGUGUGCCGUCAUUGUUGCCUCCUGCCUGUACCGCUCCCUCUGGCUCUCCCUUGGGGCCAAGAACACUGACAUUCGUGAUUCUUACCAGGACAACAAGGAUGUCUUCGAACACCUCGCUGUUGAUCUACUGGCUACAUGUUAUGAAGUAGACAGUGUCAACGCUAUGGGUCUUAUAGAGAGAAGGAAUGCCAAAUGGGGUAACAUGGACUAUCUAGAGCUGGCACUGAUGGCUAACGACAUGCACUUCAUCUCCACGCCAGCAGUCCAGGCUAACGUGGAGAUCAACUGGCGGCGGGGCAUGACCAGGGCACAUAUCUUGGCUGUUAUCAUUGCCAAUUUUUUCCCUCUUCUUAUCUUCUGGCCACGUUUUUUCCGUUUCCAGAAGCUUGGUGACAACGGGGGAGAGCUGACCACCUUACAAAAGCUCCUCGUCUUUUACAAGUCUCCUAUUUCAAAAUUCUGCUAUCAUUCUUCUGCCUAUGUUAUUUUUUUGGUCUUGUAUGCUUAUGUUGUCCUCUUUGACUUUGAGUAUGAGAUGACAUACAUGGAGAUCCUCCUUCUCAUCUGGAUAUUCAACCAUUUGAUUAAUGAGAUUGCUGAGGUGAGGCGCAACAACUUCCUCAAUUUUAGCCUGGUGACACAAAGCCUGGUGACACAGAGCCUGGUGACACAAAGCCUGGUGACACAGAGCCUGGUGACACAAAGCCCGGUGACACAGAGCCUGGUGACACAAAGCCCAGUGACACAAAGCCUGGUGACAGAGCCUUGUGACACAAAGCCUGGUGACACAGAGCCUGGUGACACAGAGCCUGGUGAAACAAAGCCUGGUGACACAGAGCCUUGUGACACAAAGCCUGGUGACACAGAGCCUGGUGACACAGAGCCUGGUGACACAGAGCCUGGUGACACAGAGCCUGGUGACACAGAGCCUGGUGACACAGAGCCAAUCUCAGAGGUACUGGUGUUCUUGGCUCUGCUGGUGAUCUUCAUCCUUGGGUAUGGCAUCGCCUCGCAGUCACUGCUGCACCUCUCACGCAGUGCAUUCACCCUCAACUCCACUAGCAUCUCCAAUAUCAUGAAGGAUGUGCUGCUUACUCCCUACUGGCAAAUGUAUGGAGAACUCCAACUGGAGGAGAUUGCAGGUGAGGACGAACAGGUGUGUCACCAGAAGUCGUGUUGGGUGAAUGAGGUUUGUUUCAAGGAUAAUACAAGCUGUACGAAGGAGUUGGAUUGUGUGUGUGAGAACCCCACAGACUACUCCUGGGUUGUCAACCUCAUGCUCUUCUUCUACUUAAUUAUUGGCAACAUUAUGCUGCUCAAUCUCCUCAUUGCUAUCUUCACGUAUGUGUUUGAUGAGGUGCAGGAAAACAGUAUGGUGAUCUGGAAGUUUGAGAUGCUGAGGCUUAUCCAGGAGUAUGACUUUAAGCCAGCCCUUGUUCCUCCGUUUGUGGUGAUUGAGUAUUUGUGGCGAGUCUGCAAGUAUUUAUGGAAGCUUACUUGCAGAGAAGAAAAUGAAAAUUGUGAGUCUUUCUUGAUGUAUACUUGUAUGUCUUGA